AUGCUCCUCACUCUGCUCGGGACCUCGUUACUCGCUGUUCAUGUCUGGAUCGGCACAAAGACAGUAUCAGCUCAGAAUCUGACGAUACCCGGAAACUGGCGGAAACCCUCGUCUAAUCUCAGCCGCGAGGACCGCGAAAGCUUGGCUCACGAUGCGGCAUAUCCUCUCUCGAAGAUCCAGAUAUCUAUUGGGACACCAGGUUUGCCACACCUACAAGAGAUCACAAGUCUCUACGCAGUCCUCGCCCUGCAAGAUUUCUACAGUGGCAAUGGAACGUGGCACGAUUUGGGAGCUGUGAACUUGCCCACCGAGAUUCUGGGGUCGCACGGAUUCUUCAGCGGCAAGGCCAAGCUUCACAGCGACGUGAUCUAUUGGGGUCUCACUUACUUCUACGCACAUCGAACAUACAAUGAGGACAUUCUCCUCCAAAACGCAGUCGAAGCUUGGAACAUCGUCUACAGUGGUGGGUUCAUCGACCCCACUGCCGCCGCUACUAGUAGCGGGGCUGGGCGUAACGUGUCAUUUCCUCCAUCUAGUAAUUGCACGGGUGGGACUUUUGCCGGAGGGGUAUUCUAUAGAGCCGAUAUUCUGAGUGAUACCUCUGUGAAUAUGGAGACGGUUGGGACAUUUAUGACGCUGUCGGCGUACCUAUUUGAGAAGACUCAGAAUGUGACCUAUCACGAUUCGGCGCAGCUCUCGUUGGAAUUCAUCCUCAAUUAUCUAUGGAAUGGAGUGUUCGUCUAUGAUACCAGGUAUCUGGAUUCCUGUGGCGUACAAGUGAAGCCCUUCACAAUGAAUCAAGGCUGGUUCGUGGAAGGCCUAUCCGUGUGGGCAAAUGUGACCAAGAAUGGUACUCUCACAACGCUUCUCGAGACGGUGGUGACCAACGUCACGACAUACCCUUCUUGGACAUUGCAAGACGGUGUCGUGGAUGAUACCGAUCCGUCAGUCACAUUGGAUUCGGCGAAUGCGGUCCUCAAGGGCAUCUACAUUCGCGGUCUUGCCGAGGCACACAGACGAAAUCCUGGCACGGCUCUAGCCAGCUAUAUUGAAGCGUACAUCUACGUGCAGUUGAAUUCUAUGUUAGAUAAUGCUCGCGCGCCGCCACCUAACAAUAGCGCCUAUUCAAGGUCAUGGGACGGCCCUCCGGCGACGUCUUUCGUUGAAGCUGGUGGAAAUAUAGCCGCAUUGGAUGUAUUGAAUGCUGCUUUCAGCUUCGUCGAGCCAUCGGCGCCGUCAGCCAGCAGCUCGUCCAUGGUCGGUCAAACUCCCACAGAGGCGCCCCUGAAGCCCGUUUCUACUAAGUCUCGUAGUACUACUGGUGCCAUCGCGGGGGCUGUGGUGGGCGGCGUAGUAGCUGCCGCCGCCGUCAUUGCGAUCUUUGUCUUGUGGCGCCGUAGGAGGACAGCAGAAGCGCGAAACAGGUCUGAAGGUGAACUUGAUUCAGACGGGAUCAAACUGGUGGAACCAUUCUUCUCACCCAUAGCGCAAAAUCCGCCUCCUUCGGACAAGCAACAGCGUAUGAAUGAGCUAUAUCUGGUCAACUCCUCGCCACCACUUUCUCAGCCAGCCUCCGAGGAAGUUUCUUCUACCCCCGAGCCGGACUCACCUCGCGAUAACAAUCGUGAGAGCGCCAUCGCAGAGCUUCCAGGGCUAGUCGACCGCUUGUAUACUUUGAUGCACGGUCGUGGGCGAGGCGAACUUCCCCCGCGGUAUGGCGAUUGA